UCAGUAUUCGAAUAGUGGCGUCGGUAGGUAGCGCUGCGGUGGCCGGCUACUUCGUUAGGGGCAGAGACGUUCCUCUCCAGCAACAUCGCGAUCCAGUUUCCCUUAAGCCGCUCUCGCGCGUUUGUCUGUUCUCGUCGCGUUCGCGUCGUGUCCUACCGAUUAUUUUCUCCUUCCUCCCCCCUCCCCCGCCCGCGCACGAGAUCGUCGACACGGUAGAGAGCCGCGCGGUAUACACACGGACGUGUCGUCGUAGCACUGAGUGCCCCGCUUUUAAAACUAAAUUGUCCGGUGUCGAACCCUAGGAUGGCGUUUAACGGAGACGGACCACACUCCAAGAGGCAGCGACUCGAGGAAUCUGGUCACAGGAAUCACGAGUAUGGCGGGUAUGGAGACGAACCACGACGUAAAAGAGAAGACAAUAAUAAACCAAACCACGUUCUCCUCUUUACAAUUAUCAACCCGGUCUACCCCAUCACUGUGGAAGUAUUGCACGCGAUCAGCGCACCCAGCGGGCAAGUUCAACGCAUCGUUAUUUUCAAGAAGAACGGCGUUCAAGCAAUGGUGGAGUUCGACACGGUGGAAUCGGCAACAAGAGCAAAGGAGACGCUUCACGGAGCAGACAUAUACUCCGGCUGCUGCACGCUGAAGAUCGACUUCGCCAAGCCCACCAAACUGAACGUAUACAAAAACGACGCGGAAAGCUGGGACUACACAACGCCGACGCUGGGAUCGAGCGCACACAAAAACGACGCGACAGGAAAUGGAAGGCCGGCUCCCCUUUUGGCGGAACCCAGAUACGGCGCCGCGCCCCAACCAUACGGAUCCACGCCACAGGUAACUUUCCCCCCGGGUGCUGGUCAUGAUCGUUACGAGGAGAAUUUCAAUGGACCAGCAACGUAUCCGGAGCCCUAUGUUGAGCGUUACGGUAUUAAGAGUGAUUUUAGCGGUCGAGAACCUCUACAUCCUACGCCACCUCGGCCCGGUUACGUGCCCACCUUGGGACAGACACCGCCAUCGAGCACUCAGGGUUCCGUCAUGAUGGUUUACGGACUUCAGCCGGAUAAAGUCAACACGGACAAGCUGUUUAACCUGUUCUGCCUCUACGGAAACGUAACGAAGGUGAAGUUCUUGAAGACGAAAGAAGGCUGCGCCAUGAUCCAGAUGGGCGACAAUAUAGCGGUGGAACGUUGUUUACAAAAUCUGAACAACGUGACGAUCGGUACAGACGGAAGGCUGCAGCUUGGCUUCUCGAAGCAGGCUUUUCUUUCAGACGUCACUAACCCCUACAUUUUGCCUGACAAGACAGCGAGCUUCAAAGAUUUCACAGGAAGCAAGAAUAACAGGUUCCUAAAUCCAGCAAUGGCCAAUAAGAAUAGAAUACAACCACCCUCGAAGAUAGUCCAUUUUUUCAACACACCCCCAGAUUUAACCGAGGAAACCGUGCAUCGUGUGUUCGUGGAACGCGGUAUCGAGGCUCCAACGACAGUAAAACUGUUCCCCCUUAAAUCGGAACGAUCGUCGUCCGGCCUUAUCGAGUUCAGCAGCGUAGGAAUCGCGGUAGCUGCCAUCAUGGAAUGCAAUCACACAGCACUGGAAAACAGCAAUGGUAAAUUCCCAUACAUCAUGAAACUGUGCUUCUCGUCGUCGCGCACCAUACCAACGAGUUUCCCGCCGAGCAGCGGCAGCACGUCGAGCAAUUCCGCCGGUAAUGGCCACGUCAAAAUGCAGCAGGACUCGGAAUAGAACGGCGAGGUCCAGGGCCAGCAGCGUCAACGUCAGCGCCAGCGUCCCUCUCUCGCCCUGCACCCGUUGUGUGCCCCGACGGGCACGGCCCUGCACCCAGCCGCAGCGAUUACACUAUCCCCGGUUUUACCGCCGCCCGUGCCGCCUCCCUUGCCGCCCACCUGCGUCCUGAUCGCCACCCCGACUCUAUAUCCUACCGUGCCACCGCCGCCACCGCCUCCGUUACCUACGUUCUGGCCGUACGGAUGAGAGGAGCAGCGGGCCUACUCGCCGGACGAGGUAGCAAUACAAGACAACAACCACGAUAACGAAACCUCGUUCACCUACAAAUUCUUCUCCUGCGCUGCUGCUACUAUAAUUCUUCUUCUCCUACUCGUCGCGUGGUGACCACCUGGCAAAGAUCAGACGCUGGUCACUGGAAGAAUCGGUUCCGUUCGAGGGUCAGCGAGACGGAACUCGGCCUCGAGAAUCGAGGAGAACAAACUAAGAGAUAAUCUGGCUCGAAAAGGUUUCUCACUGGAAAAGAUGAUCGCGGCGUUGGCGGGAUCAUCGUCGUCGACAGGGUGGAGCGUGGCACGAGUGGGCUGCACGAAUGUCAUCGAGGAUCGUCCGCAUAACUGGAUAAAUGGAAAUGUCGAGAAAGGCGAAACAUCGAGAGGCAGCGAUGUUCAUCUUUCUUUUGCCUGUUGCUUUCUGCCCCUCUCGAUCAAUUUACACACUAUGCUCUGUAUGAUCUUUACACCUUUUUCUUUGUUCGUUUCCUCUAUAGUUUUCAUUCUGUUUCUUUUCUCUAUGCAGUUUAUUUCGAUUCCACUCUAUUCUUCUUUCGUUUCUUCUUUCCUCCUUGCGUUGCUUUGGCGAGGUCCGGGUAUACGUGCUUAGUCCGUAGCGCGGAGAUCCCGAACGGUGUUUGGGCACCGAUUCUUUACGGUGUGCUACUAGUGUGUGUGUGUGUGUGUGUGUGUGUGUGUGUGUGUGUGUGUCAGUAUUAACUCGAGGCGAAUCCUCUCGUCGUUGAAAUUCAUUGAUAAACUAAAUGAUGCAAGGAAUAUGAUUUUCCUUUUUUAAGAGAAAGGAAACAAUUGGAAAAAUACGGCAGAGGAUUCGAUUCGUCGCUUUCGCGGAAGCUUCUUUCCUUCUGUUAGACGCUAGGAUCGCAAAGGAUUGACUUGUAUAUAUAGAGAGAAUGGGCAGGACCCUGCGUCUAAUAGGAGUAUGCCUUGGUGGCCACGGAUUACAUAUCAUGGGCUGGAGAAGCAAGACCAAUAGGUUUCGUGGGCAACUGUCGAGAAAUUGUCUUGUACUCGCGACUAUUACUCGUUAUCGUUGUUCGAAGAGACAUUCAAAAUAAAACAAAAAAAAAAAAAGAAAGAAGAAAAGAUUUGAAAAAAUUGACAAGCAAGAAGUGAAAGAUCGACAGUUUCUCGCGAAACAGACAGACCAUUAACACAACAGUCGCUUCUACGUUGAUCCAGCGUGUAUGACGUACGUCAUUCGUUUCACAUUAUUCGUUUUCGUAGCGCGUGUGCCGUCCUGAAAAAAGGAAACAGAAUUUCUGGCACAUGUACGCGCUACUACGAUAUAUCAGUUUUACGUGCAGAUUUUAACCAGAAAAGAUAAGAAAAAGAAAAAUGAAACGAAAGAAGCAAGCGUAACGAAAAAGACACCUCCACGAUCUCGAAGCCGAGUGCACCGUGUUCCUCGUUGACCAUUUCUCGUGGGAUCCAAUAAAUCGGAGGUUCCUCAUUGACCAUUAGAAACUACACACAGGAUACUGUUAUCUGAGAGUGUUCAGAGGAUCCGGAUCGAUCGUUCAUACGAGUAGGUCCGCCUAGGGAAAAGAAAAAAGCUGACACUACUCCGUCACGACGAACGAGACGAACAAAACAGAUAUAAAUAAUAAUAAAACAGUUGCAUUCGACUCGAUAGAAUCUUUUGCUAUACAGCAAAGAACGAGAGAAAGAAAAAGAAAAAAAAGUUAAGCAACUAAAUAACUGGAUAACAAAAACG